UCCAGAGCGGUCCAGCCAGCGCAUAGCUCUCGACUCCUAUAGGAUGACGCCCAUAUCCUGUCUUCCGCCACUGUUCCUGCUCCUGGCGCUGCUCCUCGGACGAGGCGUAGGUCUCUCGGCUCCGCAGGACUCCUCUAACUCUGCAGUUAGGGAGAAACGCGGCACCGUCACCCUUGACUUUGGCCUUCUGUUGCGCAAUGUGCUGCUGAAGAGCGCCCAGCUGUCCGCGGCCAAGGCCAACCUUACGCGUACCACGCGGCGGCCCACGACUACUACCACUGCAGCACCGUCACCACCUCCUCCAAGGCGCCGCCGACCUAUCUGGCACCCGUACUUUGCCUCCGGCUAUUUGCCCUUCGACUACGACUAUGCGGACCCUCCGGCUCCGGCUUCGACUCCAGCUCCGGCACCGCCCCCAGCACCAGCGCCGCAACCAACCAGGCGCGUGCGGCCACAACCACGCCCCCUAGCCUUUUACUAUGGACCACGGCCGGUGGGGACUCCGCCAGCACCCCCGCCACCACCGCCGCCACCGCAGCAGCUGCCGCAGCCACAGCCUCCGAUCUUCGACUAUGACUACGACUACGAUGCCCCAGCCGCCCCGUCUUCGCCGCCAACAGCGCCUAAUUUUCCCAGGGUAGUGCCCCGACCGCGGCCACGUCCUCGUCCGCAACAACAACAGCAGCAGCAACAACCAUUGCCGCAGCGACGACCGGCGCAACUGGGAGAUCGCCUUGUCUAUCAGUACGCACAACCUACUGAUACCUUCUCUAGGCCGCAGGUGCUCGGGGGCGGGGUGGAGGCUCUGGCGGUGGCAGCGGGAGAAGAGGCAGGAACGGCAAGCGGCCCCGAGGACGUUGGGGAUAUGGCUGCCGCAAACGCAGAUAUUAAUGGGGUUGGAAACGCAAACGCUGCUACAGGCAGUGUCCCUGGCGUUAGUACUGGUUCUGACUUCGAUCAAUCAUCGCCGCCUUUUCUGGUGAACUACGACAGCGAGAGCGACUUCUACUCCGGGCCUCCAUCUCUUAUCCAGCAGAGGCCUCAAUCGGGGUCUAAAGAUGCGAACUCCGCCCCGUUCGAGGAAUACGCCUUCUCUUCACUUGGCUUUGACAGCUCUAAAAAGGGCCUAACUCCUCCCAAUCAGCAGUACUUUUUAAAGUAA